CAGGAAGCAGCCAUGUAAAUGCGUAUGCGGGAGAGCGAGGGACUAAUGCGCGGCCUGCGAGCUCCGGGUCCCGCUCCGCCGCCAUCCCGGGGACGUACCAAACCAUGGACCUCCCGUUUUCGCCGCUGCCGCUGUUCCUCGGCCUGCCGGGCGAGCCGCCCAUCCCCUGGUCGCGCUGGUUCGAGUCCUUCGAGACGUUUCUGACCGCGAUGGGGCUGGACGCGGCCAGCGACGCGCGGCGCAAGGCUAUGCUGCUGAGCAGCCUGGGGGACGAGGGGCAGCGGGUGUUCCGCACGCUGGGACCCGCAGACUCCUACAACGACUGCGUGGCUUUAUUGACGGCGCAUUUCGCCGCCACGCAGAGUGUGAUCGUGCAGCGCAGCGUCCCUCGCCAGCGCCAUCAGCGGCCGGAAAACUGUAACCAUGAGUUGGAUGAGCGGAGGAGACUGUUCAUGUCAAACGAAGGCUGUUUCUUUUGGUCAGAUGGUGAGCUGCAGUACAGAACUCCAGCUAAAAAGAAAAAUGCCAGUCCAAUGCCUGAAGUUGGAAUUGUAUCUGGACUGACCAGCAUUGACAUGGAAAGUAUAUCAGAGACGUGUUCCAGAGGAACGCCUACCCCGCCUACUGCAGAUUCCCGCUGGCUUCAUGCUGCCCAGGAAAGAGAGUCUCUUGUGAAAGACCAAAGUUCCUCCACCAUCCGGAAGCAGAGGAGGGAGCUGCAGCUGAUGAUGAUGGAGCUGAAAGACAGAGAGAAGGAGUUGAACGCCAUGGCGGCAGGCCAUCACACGCAGCUUCAGGCCUGGGAGCAAGACCACCAAAGGUUGCUGAUGCUGGAGCAAAAGUGUGCCUCUUCAGAUGAGGAGUUGCAGAAACGUAACGACAAUAUCAGAAUCUUGACAAAACACGCGCAGGUGGUGGAGAGCAGAGAGUCGGAGCUGCAGAAAGAGCUUAGCGAAGCCCGACGGCAGCUCUGUGAGCUCCAGAAGAAGCAGGAGGACACCAGAGCAAGAUGUCAAGACUACGAGGAGAAGAACCAUAGUCUCAACUCCACAGUCAUGGCUCUGUCCUGUCAAGUUAGCUCUCUGCAGGGCAGAGUGGAGGAGCUGAGCUCCAUGCUCAAACGAAAGGACAAAGAUAUGACGGAAAGUAAUAGACGAAUCCUGGAGCUGUCUGGGCACCUUCAAGAUUUGGAGACAGCAUUAAAGGAGAGUCGCUCGCAGGAAAGCAAGCUCUUUAGAGACUCGGAAGACAGCGAACGACGUUAUCAAGAAGCCCGACAUGAGGCUGCACAGGUCAAAGAUGAGCUGCAGCAGCAGGUGACGCAAAGCAGCUCUCACAGAGAGGAGAUGAUCCGUCUCAAGCAGGAGCUGCAGCUGCUUAGAAGAGACCUGGUCUUGACAGGUACGUCACACCUGGUCUUCACAGGAGAGGGUGACACCUGGAAGGAUGAGCUGCUGGAACUGUCCCGCUCCAAACAGGAUCGGCUCACGACUGAGCUGAGCUGUCUCCGACAGAUCGCAACCAACUUUAAGGAGCAUACCGCCACCUACUGUACAAGAGUAUGUGAGAAUCAGAGAAAAGACCUGGAACUACUACGGUUUCACCAGGAAAAAACCAGAGAAGCUCAGAGGGAAAGAAACGGUCAGGGAUUUCAUGGCAGCAGCCAGGAUGAUGCAACUUGCAGCUACGUGGAUCAUCUGUCUCCUUCACCUUCACCGUCACCCAGACCAAAGAGCUUCAGAUCUGCUCAUGAAGGUCGACCACCAUCAGUGUCGGUCGGCGAACUGGGAAGCUACUCUUCACACAUGGCCGAUGGUGACGAUCUAAUGGCCAGACGUUCUUUGGACGAAACCAUGCUAAUUGACAGGAAUCUGUCAAGACAGUGCAGCUCUGUGGAGCAUGCUGGUCCUUCUGUGAGCUGCUCGGCCACGGAAAACAUCUCAUUUAUACAAGAUCCAGAAUCCCCACCACCACCCAGUGACUUCCACAGUGAUGAUGAAGAGUGAAUCUCCACCCAAAGGUCGUCUUCGUCACGGUGCCACCCUGCCAGCCAGUAAUGUGGACGGCCUGAUUUUAAGUGGAAAAUUGAUAAAAAAUAAAUACUGUCCAUUAUUUUGUGUUUUAAUGACCCCAGUAUUGUUUUUAUCCGUUGCCUGUGAAUAUUUCCUACUUUUGUAUCACAUUAGGAUUCAUGUAUAGUACAUCUUGAAGCAUUAUCACCAUCUUUAAGACUAGAUUGUAUGGAGGGGCAGGAACCAGUCUUUCAGGGUUGAUGAGUGGUGUGUCUUUGUGUCGUCUUUCCAGUUUCACUGGCUCCAGAUCUACCUGCUGGCUUGAGGGGAAACGUCUGUACCUAUUCUAUCUUCUAACUUGGAUGUAACAUCACUUCCUUUUGAUUAAAAAUACUUUUACCUGA